CAAGCAACGUGCGUCAUCACGUACCAAAACAGCUCGCGGCCACGUUUCCAAGCGCUCACGGAGUUGUAGGAUGAUGCGUUCACGGGGUUUUAUCGCUCCUGCCGAGCAUUGCAGUUCGGUCGCCUAGAUGCGUUGUUUCUUCUCUGAAGGUUUUACAUAUAUUAACAAAUAAAGCGGGCUCUCUGUCGGCAGGGCUGACCCAUUUCAUGUUCUACUGCUGCUCUGACAGAAGCUACGGGAACACCACUUGUUCAGUCACUGUAGGGUCACGCGCAGGAUGCACAUUUUAUCUUCUGCACAUUCCCAGACAGGAUGAUCUACAUCAUAAUGGGAGUCUCUGGCUCUGGAAAAACCAGUUUAGGGACGUUCCUUUCUGAAAAGCUUGGCUGGCCCUUCUAUGAAGGCGAUAACUUCCACCCACAAGAGAACAUCAAGAAGAUGGCUUGUGGUGAACCACUUACAGACCAGGACAGAUUUCCGUGGCUUCUCAAACUACACGAAAUCAUUGAGAGAGAAAGGUGUUCAGGCUCAGACGCUCUUAUAGCUUGUUCAGCUCUGAAGCACCUCUACAGGCAGAUCCUCCUCCAUGGCUCCACGGCAGUGGCUCCAAAUAUUUGCCCUCACCACAUAUCUCCAUCCUCUCCAGAGGUCUUCUUCCUCUACCUGCUCGGUGACUACGAUCUCAUUCACCAGAGGAUGGUGGCCCGGCAGGGACAUUACAUGAAAGCAGAUAUGCUGCGCUCCCAGUUUGAUAUUUUGGAGCCUCCAUCAGACGAGGAGAACGUGCUCACCCUGGACAUCAGGAGGAGCCUGGGUGAGAUGGUCCUGGAAGUUGAGAAGCACAUUGAAAGCCUGAAGCUGAAGCUGGAACCACUGCAGCAGACUGAGAACGCAACAUUUCUUGGGUAAACUAAGCCGGGUUUUGCUGCAGUGUCUUGAAAAGAUCAUAAUAUCCAGAUGUCUCAUGAUCAUCUUUCCUGAUUUCUUCUCUUACGUUUUAAAAUGAAAAAAUAGAUUAAGUUCAGGAUUGAUUGCUGAGUCUUUAUGUUGGGAUCCGCAGUCUGAUAAAGGUUAACUUUAUGAUCAAAUACCUCCACGGUAAGGACAUUCCUGUCGUCUUAUCAGCAACGAAAGAUGUUUAACAUGCAGACUGCAAUGAAAAAAAAAGGUUUUAAUAUUUCUUACAUGGUGAAAUAAAAAAGUAUUUGACAAAA